GAUUGAUCUAUGAACUGUCUGAAACAAUGGAUAUCCGCGGCCCCAAAUGGGCCCCAAAAAAAUUGCCGCGUGCUACUCGCGCAAACAUGCUGCUCCCCUUGGGGCUAAGCCCCCCCUCUCUUUGUAUCCUAGAAACGCCCCUGGUUAAUACUGAUGCAUUAAUGAUGUAACACGUCACUGUUACAGCUGGUGGAGGUGGAGCCAGUUUAAUCUACUUGAUAUACAGUUUAAUUCAAAGGCUCAGGCCCCCUUAAAGGCUCUCACGGUAAAGCUCAAAGGUGGGCGAUCGUGAGAUGAUCAAUGACAACACGAAAAGGAGAACUGUAUGCCAACAACACCGUAAGAACCAACAGAUGUGCAAAAUACCAAAGGGUUAAUUAGACGUGCCCCGUCUGUCCCGACAUGUCCAAAAGGAAGGAUUAGGAGACUUAACUAGGGACGCCACGCCCUGAUGGAAAAAAAGGCCGCAGACUCUUGGCGUCAGGGCACUACGGGUAAUUUGGAAAAGGAGUUCUCGUUCUGGAUAUUCCAGCUUUGUUUCCUGUCGGAGGUCAGCUGACCAGCUCGCCCCUUGUGCCCCCUCUAGUACGUACCCCGAAGUGUUCCCAGCCUCUGAUCUCGGCGUAGAGCGCGUCGCCGGGACAGGAAGUGUUCACCACCUGUCUGUGGCCCUGCAGGACGAAGUCGGCGACCAGUCUCCCGCCGCCGACGGCGCAGGAUGCCAGCUUAUCCCUCACCAGCUCCAUGGAGUGCUGGGAGGGCAGCCCGGUGACGUAGUCCCCGAUGAAGGAAACCCCGUAGCCCACGGAGUUGUGUCCCAGGGUGUGGGCCCCUUGUCGGAGCCAGCCUCGGCCCUCGUAGAUGUACCCGUCGGAGCCUGCGACAAAGCUUUUUGAAAGGAACACGGGAGGUAAACUUUUGUGAGUCCGGUGCUUAAGUUUGGCACACAUUUGACACGAGACCGUACCUGUAGCCGAUGUCGUCCCAGCCUCUGUCCUCCUGGUGGAAGCGCUGCAUGGAGCGCAUGUCCGCGGCGCACUGCUGGAAGGUCAGGCAGGGCUGGCUCGGCGUGUGAGUGUGGUGGAUGUACAUGAAGGAGAGAGGGAGAGACAGGUUGGUGGGGGUUCCUCUGUACGGCUCGGCGCCCCACAUGCAGCGAGGUAUGAUGGGCGGGCAAUCUGAAGAAAAGGUGUGGCCGGUUAGCGUAAAUGCAGGAUGACAAUCCUUUUUAGAGACCAUUGCUUUCAGAAUUCUUUCACUCACCGAUGUACUUAUGGACGAACUCUUUCAUUCCCUCCUUCACCAAAGCCAACAGCUGCUUCUUCUCCUUCACCUCCAGCUUCGAGCGCCCCGUCAGUCUCCUCUGCAGCUCUUCCGCUUUCACCACCUGUCUGGCCAGCACCGGAGGGGCGGCCAGCCCCCUGAAGUUCUCCCUGCGGCGCCGGCUGACGAGGCGCAGGGCGGCGUUCAGUCCUUCGCUCUCCAGCGGGCGGCAGUAGUACUCCGUCAGCAGGCCGCUGAGCGCAGGAGGGCGUCCGUCUUUAGCGGAGACCUCCAUCCCUAGAACCGCGCCGUCCAUGCCUCCGUUGACCCGAGCGGCGGUGAGCGCAGAGGGGCUGCUGCUGAGGAGGGUGAAGACUUGAGGGGAGGUGAUGUUGUCCCAGCAGCCGUCGAGUCCCAGGAGAGGAGAGCUGUCCAGGUCUUUGGCCAGAGUGAGCUGGUAGAGGCCCCGCACGCGGCCCGCCAUCUUGGCGAGGAAACCGGCCUCGAUGCCCAGGAGGAGGGGCGCGAGGGCAACGGUGGUGCCGUCGGGCGUCAGGACCACACCUUCCUCCUUGGCGUCCUCCGUCACCCUGUGGUGCAUGGCCUUGCUGAGGUAACCCGAGAGGCUCGCGUUCAAUUCGGGGCCGCCGGAGUUGGCGCUGCCAAGGAAGUGCCGAAUGAACGCGUCGUUGAGGCCGGCGGCCCCGCGCAGCCUCCUCAACACAGCCAAUGGGUCUGACCCAGGGUCGCCGUCCUCCACCCGCCUCACCGCCUCGAUGAAGUCAUCCAUGUGCAGGGAAGACGUAGCUAAGGGACAAGGACAGAAAACAUUCAGAUGAAAACCCACGUCUCUAGUUCUAGACGACCGACAUGAUGCCCACAUGAGCUCAUACAGAGACUAUUUUAGCUGUGGGUCAUGUCUGACAGCAUCAAAGUAAGUGAACGUAAAAGUUGACAAAGCACACAAUUGUACAGAAUCUCAGCUGAAGAUUUGAAACAGGAAAAAAAAAACAUGAAUAAACUAGUGUGUACAUCCAUUACCUUCUGCAUACGUGCUGAGCAACGCCACAACAAGAGCCAGGGCGGGUUUCCAGCCGCCUUUAUCCAUCCUGAGGUGUGAGUGGCUCCAAAUGUCUGCUCCCCUUGUUGCCUCUUGUCAUUUAUACAAGUUCACCUGCAUAAUAAAGCGGGCGGUUAUGCAACUGUUGACUUACUGUAGAUACGCCUGGGUUCCGCCCGUUGCCGUGGCCCACUGAGCAAUGUGGGAAUCUGACACCUGCAGUGUGAGUCACAGUCAUUUUAUGUCCUUUUUUACCGCUCAAGGUCUUCCCACGUAUGCCGGCGGUGUGACGGACACGGGCGCUUUGGAGAAAUUCACAAGUUCUGUAAUACAUUUCGGUCACAGCGGUUGCUGUUAAUGCUGUUGCUUGUGAAAAAAAAACAACCUUCUGGGAAUAAAACCAGCAAGCGGCAAAACUCCUCUCUGCUGUACAAAUCAGCGGUAGUCCUCUCUGAGGCAAUACGCAUGUUCUUGUUUGAUGUUCUCAAGCAGCAAAACUGAGGAAGUCGGAGUCCCACAACCAUGAAUUACGUGUGUGCCGGGCAGCAGUGACAGCAAAUAUAUCUGCAUAUGCUGCUUUUAUUCAGUCAGCGAUGAAGAGGCACGCAACAACUGUUGAGACCAAAAGACACAGGGAAACAGUGUUUAGGCUGCAGCAUGUGAUGGCGAGAACAGGAAGUGGUCGUAGUCUGCGGUUGAACUGGGAAGUACAUUGCGGAAUGUCUGGGAUGCAAAUAACAAAGGUCAAAGAUAUAAAUGUGUAAUUACUGUAAUCUGUAAGAGUAAAGACCUUUUAGAGGGAGGAACAAGAAAGAUAAGGUGAUGUUCACAAAGGGACAUUAAUAACCGGUUGCUUUAAUAGUCACAGUACCUGCUGUGAUUAACGGUCUGUAAAUGUGAUUCUUUUGUAAACAACGUAGAAAUGAAGGUGCUCAGAUGCCAGCAUGGGUGUCACGUUUCAGCUCAGCAAGAUUUGUUCAGAGCGAAACAGCUCGUUGGGUACAAUUCGGACAGAAACACAAUAUAGGAGACUCAUUUGGGGGUUUUGUAAGUGACGACAUCUUUUUUUGGUUUUGUUUUGUUUCCCCAACAUUGUUCCGCUUCAUAAAAAUGCAAUCGGUUUACAUGAUGAGGGAGCUGGACCUUUAUUCAGCUUCUAGAGGAAAAAUAAAAAAGUAGAAUGUUUGUAAGCACAUACACAUAUUAUUGUGUUGUUUAUAUUGAUUAUAUAAGACAUGCCGGUUUAAGUUUUAUUUUAGGCUGACCUUGACAUUUUUGCCAGGGACAAGAGAUAAAAGUGACCGAGUUUGCCUACUAUUUCCUCUGCUGAUCAGUGGACACCUUGUCAAUUAAACAACUAAAUCAGUAUAAAUAUAAUGUAGGUGUAUGAGGUCAUUAUAAGACAUGGGUGGAGCUUGUGAAUAGUUCGAAAUAAAAUGCACAUGAGACAAACAAAUAUAUAAACUAUUUAACUGUUUUACAUACACUAUAGCCAAAACAUACAUAUUUUCACUAUAUAGUAAAUGUUCGUCUUUGUUUGUGCAGUGACGCUCCCGUACACUAGGUGGCGGAGUGCAAUUUAUAUCCUGGUUGCAGUUUGAGACCAUUCAAAAAGUAAAAGAAGAAGAAAAAGACGGAAGCUGCUGUACAAUCGCUCGUCUAAUCUGCAACAAGAUACCGACCCGUGGCCGUGGACCGCCGUCACCCACCGACAGCAAAAUGGACACGCGGUUCACUCGAGGCAAAUCCAACAUCUUGGAGCGACCCCUAACCCGGCCCAAGACCGAGGUCAGCGUGAGCGCGUUCGCCCUCCUGUUCUCCGAGAUGGUCCAGUACUGUCAGAGCCGCGUGUACUCUGUGUCGGAGCUGCAGACGCGCCUCGCCGACAUGGGCCAGAGCGUCGGAGCCAGCCUGCUGGACGUGCUGGUGCUGAGGGAGAAGAACGGCAAGAGGGAGACCAAAGUGCUGAACAUGCUGCUCUUCAUCAAGGUUAAUGUCUGGAAGUCUUUGUUUGGGAAGGAGGCCGACAAGCUGGAGCAGGCCAACGACGACGACAAGACUUACUACAUCAUAGAAAAGGAGCCGCUCAUCAACGCGUACAUCUCCGUGCCCAAGGAGAACAGCAGCUUGAACUGCGCCGCCUUCACGGCGGGCGUCGUGGAGGCCAUCCUCACGCACAGUGGCUUCCCCGCCAAGGUGACCGCCCACUGGCACAAGGGCACCACUUUGAUGAUCAAGUUCAACGAGUCCGUCAUAGCCAGGGACAAGGCUCUGGAUGGCAGAUAAGGAAGACUGGAGAGAGCGGGAGGGAGGGGGGGGGAGUUAUGCUGAUCAAUACAAGAUGAAGUUAAAUCAUCCAGGUUCAGGCUGGUGUUUGUUCCUGACUGAAUUUCCUUGUGGUGACUUUAUGAGACAGGAGGGACUUUAUGGAUGGAUGACUGCACCGUGCUGAGCCACGGCUAGUUGGUUCAAUCCUCCACGAUUGUUGUUUUUUUGUGGAUCAUCUCGCUCCUGUUGUAUCUCAUGAAGUGACACAAAUUGUUUACUCAAGAUCACUUUUUAUUCGUGAGCUUCACGUCACAUUUUUACAACACAGAUGGUUCAUAAAACUGAAAAUAUUAGAUAAUACUGUGACCACAUCAUAAAAUAACUUAAAUUUGGGCUGUGGGAAUUUGUGAUGGCUCUUUUAUACUUUAUAUCGACCUAACACUGAAUCAAAGAAAUACUCAACAGAUCAUUUGAUAAUGAAAGUCAUUUUGAUGUGCAUCCUUUGCCUCGUAGGAUCAAAGUCAACCAACUGAACGUAGGCCAAAUAAUUAGAGUUCCUGGUUUAUAUAAUGUUUAUAAAGGUUAGUGUCGCAACACAAAAUACAAAAUAUUUUAUUUAACAGACUUAAGUUUUUUUUUUGGUCAUUCCAGUUUAACAGCUGCGUGUUUCAUCUCUGUAAAAUAGAUUCAUAAGCAGGGCCGUAGCUAGCAUUGACGAACCUGAGGUCAUAUCUUCAUUUUCAUUUUAAUAUCUUAUUAUUUUAUUUAGUGUAUGCACUGAUGUGUGGGUUAUUAUUAUCAUAGGGGAGUUUAAAAUCUUAAACUAAAACCAAAAUGUACACAUGGUGUUUUAUAAGCUGGAUACAAUAUCUUUAGACUCGGCAUCCUGCUGACCAAGAGGCUAAAAUACAUUACCAAGUUACCAGAAUGUGUCAAGUUGGAUUGCAGCUGGGGAAUUUUUCCAUUUCCUGUCUGUCUCUAUACUGUCCCAAAAAAACAGGACAUUUGACAUUUACGGAAUAUCCUUAUUUGUAUGUCCUAAAAAAUAUUGCAUGUUAGAUGAGAAGAUUGAUACCACUAUUGUUUCUGUACAGUCUGAAGCUGCUGCCAGUUAGCUUAGCUUAGCACAAGGACUGGAAACGGCUAGCCUGGCUCUGUCCUUAGGUAACAAAAUCCGCCUGUCAUUGCCUCAAGAGCUCACUAAUUAAAAUGUAACAUCAUGUUUGUUUAUCCAUUCCAAAAAAAAUGUAAAAUCAACAUUUGGUUAUACUGGGGGGGACAUGUGCCAGGCUAGCUGUUCCCACUCUAUGCUAAGCUAAGCUAAGCGGCUGCUAGUGGUAUUUAUCUUAACAGACAUGAGUGAUGUCAAAAAUGUCGAACUAUAGUUUCAGGGGGGGGUUGUGUCGGGGGUCUCAUGACCUCAGUUCGCCUACAAGCCUGUCUACCGCCCUGCUCGUAAUGCUUCCUUCUGCUUAUUGUGUAUUUGUCUGUUAACCGUCAAUAAAACUGUAGUCAUUA